AUUAAUGGAGAAUCAGAAGAUUUAGGAGAGUUGAGUUACAGAGGAAGCUCACCACUGUCCACAAUCACAACUUUACUCUUGGGAGUUACAGAGGAAGCUCACCAUCGCCGAUCAGGUUUCAACCUCAGGUCCAUCACAACAUGGAUGCUCCUCUGUCACAUUACUUUAUAUACACUGGCCACAAUUCUUACUUAACUGGAAAUCAGCUCAGUAGCAACUGCAGUGACCUUCCAAUUGCAGAUGCAUUAAGACGAGGCGUGAGGGUUGUUGAGUUGGAUCUUUGGCCACGUGGUACUGAUGAUGUCUGUGUUAAGCAUGGAAGAUUGUUUCAGAAGAACUUCCUGAGGAUAUAUCCGAAAGGCACAAGGUUUAACUCUUCAAACUAUAAACCUCAGAUUGGUUGGAUGAGCGGAGCUCGAAUGAUUGCAUUCAACAUGCAGGGGUAUGUUGCGUCGGAAAUCUUGUAACUGCUGCCAUGGUGGUGGUGCUUGCACGAAAAUUAGUGUAGGCUCUCAAAUGCUCUAGAGUCAGCUUCGUCUUACUCUUUAGGAAUCACCGAAUCACAGGUACGUAUCCACCGUUCCCACAUCAGUCACCUUUACCUUCCGGGGGAAUCUUCAAACAUCCAUCAACGGUCGGACUAGACUAGUUCCCGUCGCAACCUACUAGAGAAGAUCAUCUUCUGACAAUAGAGAAGCAUCUACCUUCAUCGUUCACCUUAUCAAGAAAACAGAAAGUCCCUUUUUUGUUGCUCCCUUCCCGUUUUAACCCACCCGCUAAUUUAGACCUUUCUGACCGCAAGUCCAGCUCAGCCACGACUUGAAAACAUGGUCGAUGGUACCUUAUCAUGCCAUGGUACUAGAAAGCCCUAAAAGUGGUAUCAUUGUUUGUAAGAGUCGUUAAGUACGUAUGAUGGAGACCAACACACAUAUUAUAUGUGACAUAUACAUUAACCAAUUAAUUAAAAGGAUAUUAACCAAAUUAAUUAAGUGGAAGUCGUGGCAAAAAAUAACAGGGGCAAAAUUGUCAUUGCGCAUAGGAUAUUUUCACUAUAAAUAUAAACUCGUAUGCAUCUUGGAUUUAUUUCCCUAGUUAGCCGCAAAACGUCUUCCUUUUUGCGAAGAUUUGACGAUAGAUGGUUUAAGGGAAAGAAGCAUACAGGGAUGGUUUCUUCUGUGAUUGCCAAGGAUUAUUUGAAGCCUAAACCUGUGCGGAAAGAGCUUCCUGUGGUUGAACGUUAUAAAGAGCUCUGUGGCAACGGGAAAAAAGCUGCCGAUAGAGAGAAAGCUGAACAGUUUCUUAAUUCAAUGCUUGGUGAUGAUUGUAAACUUAACAUGGCUGUUGUUAGAGAUGUGGACAUGGCUUUGAAUGUCUUACUUGACAUGUCUUCUUCAUCAACUGAUGAUUCAUUGAGUGGUAAAUCUUUCGGCAUAGGAGUCAGCAAUAGUCUGGCAGAGACAUCUUUUGAUACUGAUACUUCUGAAAGUGAACUUUUCUGGGGAGGCUACAGUCGAAGGAAUUACGCAAAAGUUCUCACGAGUUCGGAAGAUCCUUUUGCAACUAGCCAAGGAAGUGAUGAGCUUGGUCUGCCACAGAAAGUGUUGGAUUCUCUGUUCAACAUCCGCCAGAGUCCUAAACACGAACCAAAGACAAUGAGUUGGAGGAAUGUGGCAAAGAAAAUGCAGUCUCUUGGUAUCGAUGCUUCUUCAUCUAGUGGGGAAGAGACCCGGCCUAAUACGUUCGUGAAGGAUGACGGAUAUCAUGAACUUAGAAAAGAUGCAACUGACCAGUGGAAUGUUACAAAGUCCUACUAUCAAAAAGCUGCCGAAGUAUAUUCGAAAGGAGGGAGGGCUUAUGCGGCUUACCUUGCUGAUAAGGGGAGAGUGGCAUCUAAAUUAGCACAACGGGCUGAUGAGAGGGCAAGCCAAGAUAUAUUUGUUGCGAGAAACAAAGGUACAGAGAAUGUGGAAACCAUUGAUCUGCAUGGUCAGCAUGUUAAACAAGCAAUGAAACUACUGAAGCUACAUCUCUUGUUUGGAUCAUAUGUCCCUUCCAUUCAGACACUGCGAGUGAUCACAGGAUGUGGGUCUUCUGGGUUUGGGAAGUCCAAGGUGAAACAAUCGGUGGUAAAGCUGCUAGAAAGAGAAGGAGUUAGGUAUUGUGAAGAGAACAGAGGGACAUUGCUGAUUAAGCUUGACGGAUGUAGUAGGGAGUUCAGUUUCUUAGACACAGAGAGCGGACUAUGAAUAAGUGAAUACGAAAUCUGAAGUCAGGUUUUUAGGCUUUUAGCCUUAGAGAUCUUUUUAUGUCUAUUUGUCUAUAUCUGUUAUGUGUUAUCUGCUACUACUAGCUCUGUUUGUUUAAGAAGUAAAUGUUACGCAAAAAUUCGCUUGCUUAAUUCUCCUUUCCGGAUUUCACGUUUUCUAAGUUACGAAAAGACUUUGUCUGACACAGACAGAAAUGUAUAUUUUUCGUAAACUC